CAGUUUCCGAGCCAGGAACUAAGUUGGUUGGCAAUCUUUUUGUUACCAGGCGCGAACCGCCGCGCGACAGCUUCGCCCACUAUUUUUCAUCCAACUUUUGCCAAUAUCGUCGUGCCUUCCUGUACCUACUUAGUUGCAAGAAGACGGGGGAUUGAGCAACUUCUGUCUUGAUCUUUCCUCGGCCUGUUCCGAGCUGGCCGUCUCUUCAGCAAGUUGUGCCCGCCCGCCAUGGCGAACAAUCUUUCACCGCCCGGCUCGAGUUCCUACUCGUCCAAUACCUUGACGGUAGGCGAUGGCACUUGGGAUUUUGAGAAGAAUACCUUCCUGCUUCCCAAUCUCCAGGGUCUCAACUUUGAGACGAUGCGAUACAAUGGCAUGGGCAAUCGCUUCUCGACCUUGACCGAAUACCACAGUCUCAUUAUCGGCCACGGAGUGUUAGCCGCCAUCACCUUCCUCUUCAUCAUCCCAAUCGCCGUCCUUAUUGCCCGCUUCUACUCGCGCCGACCUGGAUCCGCCAUUCGAUAUCAUGCAUACCUGCAGAUCAUCACGGUCGGCUUCAGCACUGUCAUCUUCGUUCUCGGCUUCAUCGCUGUCGGUCCUCCCCGGAACCUCACAAACCCACACCAUGGCAUCGGCGUUGCCAUUUACGUCAUGAUCUUGGUGCAGGCUUUUGGUGGCAGCCUCAUUCGCAAAAUCACCGGCCACUCCUUCCGCCUACACCUUCAUCGUUGGAUGGGCCGCGCUAUUGCCAUCCUUGGCAUUGCCCAAGUGCCGCUUGGCCUGACGCUCUAUGGCUCGCCCAAGUACUGCUUCAUUCUCUAUGCUCUCUGGAUGGGCUUCCUUCUUAUUCUGUACUUCAUUCUUGAUUACAGAGACAAGGAGCGCCGCGAGUACUACGCAGGUGGCCCCCGCUCCGAAGUGACUGGAUACACGGAUGAGAAGUCGGAGAGCCAUCACCAUGGAAGGAAUUGGCUCGGUCUGGCAGCCGGUGCCGGCGCAUUGGCUAUGCUCCGUGGUCGCAAGCGCAACCGGGACGAGGAAAGGGCCCUGGACCGAAGUCCCAGCCCAUAUCGCUCUCAUGCUCCUCAUGACGGGGAAACUGAUAUCACCUCCUCACAUCCACAUGCCAGGCACGACAGCUAUCACGACGACAAGUAUACCGACGUGUCUUCGCGACGCAACACGGGUGAAGGGGGCGGAUGGAUGGGUAAGCUGGUUGGGCUUGGUGCCGGUCUUUUGGCCGCCAAGUAUCUGAAGAAGAAUCAUGACCGUCGUGAUGACGAGUAUUCGGCUGUCUCAACAGAAACAGGACCUAGUCGUCUUCCUCCACGGAGAGGAGGUCCGGCACCAACCGAAAGCGACUAUACCGACUACACCGACUUCACCCGAACAGACAACCGACGAAAUUCCAAGCAGAACCCGGUUGUUGCUUCCGAAGCGGAGAGCGCUGCAGAUGACCGGCGCCCUUAUCGACCUGGCACACCACCACGCUCGCAUGCUGGCCGUCGUAAUUCGCGAUUCGACAGCACGAUUGUCUCAGACUAUUCUUCCUACGUCAGCCCUUCUAGAAGAGAAGAGCCUGAAAAGAAACGGAGCAGCGGGGCUGGGAAGGGUCUGCUCUCGGGACUUGGCCUUGGCUGGUUCGCCAAAAAGACGGUGGACCGCCGUGCAGGAAAGGAAGAGGAUCGCAUAAGGGACGAAGAUGAGAGGCGACGUGAAGAGGAGGACAGACGAUUUGAAGAGGAAGAACGCAGAGCUGGACGUCGGAACUCCAAGUUUACCGGUGAUGGCUACCCCAGUCCUUCCAGACGUGAUUCCCAACGUCGUCCAGCUGCUAUGCGCCAAGCAGCACCAACAGACAUGACCAGCACGACCGGCACUUCGGUUCUCUCUGACGAGUUUACUACCAUGGAGCCGCGAGGACAUGCCCCUUACAACCCAGCGCCCGUGAGCGGCGGAGCUCGACCACCACCCGCACCCAUCCCAGUUGCAGGAGGUGCUGGUGCGCCGCCUACAAUUGUUCCCAUUACUCCUGGACCCUCCGGUUACCCAGCUCCUGGAAAUGGCCCGGUUGCUAUGCCCGCGAUGCCUCCCGACCCACGCGGCGUGUUCUACCCACUGAGACCCCCGACCGAUACAAGCAGCAGCGACCUGACAGAUGUCAAUGCUGACAGGCGACGACGAGAGGCUGAGGCGGCGGCCGCAGCAGCAGCAGCAUCCGCCAGUCUCCUGGCCGCACAACAACAAGAAGACGAUCGGCGUCGCAGAGGCGGCCCUUCUGACGGCGUCAAGGUCAAGGUGCAGAGUGACAGAGAUAGGAACAUCACUCUGCGUAGGAUGACGGAUGAGGACGCCAGGAAGGGCAGCAGCAACAACCGGCGCCGCCGAGGCGACUCGGUCAGCAGUAGCCACUCAGAAUCGGACCCGAGCAGCGGUAGGCGGUAUCGCAGGUCGGAUCGCCGCGAGAGCAGGAGUUCGAGCCAGCGCGGCCGAGCCGAACGGGCCGCCGAGGCAAGGGUAGACCCUUCGGCCAACCCAUUAUAUCCCGCCCCUCUUAACACGGGUGGUAGCGGUACACCGAGGCAGCAGGCAUCCCAUGGUGGAAGUAGCGGGGUGCCGCCGUAUGCUGGACCGUCCGGGGGCCAGAUGCCCAAUGUCGCAGGGACGAUUUCUAGUUUGGAUAGUCCCGCACAGUGGAGCGCGCUGAGCCCGAGCGGGGCGAGCCAAAACCCGGGUGGUGGUGGUGGUGGUGGCGUUAAGAGAGAGGUGUCGAGUGCGGCAGAGAGGAGACAGAGGAGGAGGUUCGAGAGGAGAGAGGGAAGCAGGCAGCGGGCUGCUACGGAGUCGUCACUCGGAGGUUAGUGAGUGAGUUCUGUGUUGGGGUUGAUUGGUUGGCUGGUUUUGCUUUUCUUUAUAUGGGUUGGGCUUCUUCUCUAUUCCCCCUUUUGCGUCGGUUUCUUUCCUUUUCUUUUUCUUCGCUGGAUUGUGUUUGCAUCCAUGCCGGCAUGGCGUUUGGGUUUCCUUCAUGGAUGGUGAUCACGAGAUGAUGGAUGAUGGAUGAUACUAUGGAUAUAUGGUCUGGAUGAUGGGUCUUUUGGUGCCAUCAGUUGGACCAAGUCUCAAAAGGAAUGUUGACGAGUCAAUGGACUAUGGACUCGAUAUGUCUUGUAUAUAUCUGCUGUCAAGGUAAAUGGUGGAUGGACGGGUUAUCUGCUACCGCUCCUACAUCGUUACAAAUUCGUGAUGUUAUCAAUGCCUCUCAGGAUACGUCACUGUACCUUGCAGGAAGUGACUUCAACUUUGACUCAACCGGAAGGGCUCAAG